CCCGCAAAACGAUUCUGUGCAAAUGGUGAAAAAGGUGCACGCUUUUUACUCUCAGAUGGGCUAAGCGCCGAUUUUAAAAAAGGGGUCCUCUCGGCUGCGUUGGGGGGGGCGCCAGGGUGAGCGCUUCAGUUUUGUUCCGUUAAUAGAUGGCACUGUAAAUUAGCUUCGCUCCUUGGCUCCGUUUCUGGGCGUCACUUCUCUGCUCCGCUCCCCCCCGGGCCUACAUGCACACAAACACGAAUACACUUACUCGCCAGUGGAAUGUCUAGACAAGUCGAGACCCCAAAUGGAUCAUCCCCAUUGCGUGGAGUGUACCAAUUUUGCGAAGGAAAGCAAAAAGGGUGGAAGGGGUCCCCAUGUGGAAAAGCUCCCCAUCGAUGUUAACGGUGAGAAGUUCCGCCAGAAUUUUAAGGGCUACUUGAAGAAUGUGAACCAGGCGUUUAUUCACUCUCGCCACGAUGUGUUCUCCUCUUUUAACUGGAGCAAUUUGGAAAGGGUCCUUUCCGAUUAUGGGACCAGCGAUGUUGUAAAAGCGUUCAGUGCUAGACUGGCUUGUGCGCGCAGUUUUAGGCUGGAGUUGACGGAGAGUUAUAAGAUGCACAAGGAGGAGCAGUACAUGGAAAGCACUUUGGAGCGGGAGAGCCACCUUAGACACCGCAAAUUAAAACAGAGGCACUACGAGCAGAUGGGGAAGCAGAUGUUCGCGCGGAACCAGAGGGAGUACAGGGACUUCGAAAGGAAGGAGCAGCAAAAGGCGCGCCAAGAGGGGAAGCGAAAAGUGCAGGGCGUGGUGAAGAGCAUCAUCCACGCCGCGUUCAAGGUGGCACAAAUGGGGACCACCUACGGCGACUCCUUUUUUUACGACGCCUUGUUCUCCUUGGAGAAGUCUUUUUUUAUGAGGAAGAUAAAAAAUAUGAGUGAGCUUGCCCAAAACAACGCCCGCGUGAAUGAGCUAGCUGUGGCGGGCACGCCGAUGGGCGUGUUUGAGAAGGGGGAGAAAAAGCAAAAAAAAGGGGAACGAAAAGAGGAACAAAAAGAGGUGAAAAAAGAGGAGAAUGAGCAAAAAAUGGCGGGGAAAACAACCGAAGGCAGACCCACCGAAGGGCUCCCUCGGGGCCCGCCGAACCAGCUGAAUCUUCUCAGAUGCCAAGGGACCGUGGAUUGUCUUUUCCGCCUGGAUCUGCGAAACGUUUCAGGUUGGCACAGGGUGAUACCUGCAUGGAUAAACGUGUAG